AUGGCGCCGGGCCACGUCCACCUCGUUGCAACCUUCUACCCCAAGGCUGACAAGUUCGACGAAGUUGCAGCCGCAGUCACAGAACUCACGAAGAAAGUUGAAGCUACCGAACCCGACGUCCUGACCUACUAUGCAUUCCGGACCGAGAAAGAAAUCGUCUUUGUAGAAACGUACAAAAACAUCGAGGCGCACGAGGGGCACACCAAAACCGAACAUUUUCAGUCCGUCGUGGGCAAAAUCAGUCCGUUGCUGGAGAAGCCGUUGGAGAUUAAGCAGGGAAGUUUUAUUUCUGGAUUCGAACAUCGAGUUUGA